AUGAUUUUCGAAGCUCUUGCGUGUCACAGUCGAGGUGGACCGUAUCCAGAGAAACGCACACCGGAAUAUACUCAGCCAAUGUCAGUCAGCAUUCGCAUUUCUAGCUUCACUGACGAACGAAAACUUUGUACUACGAAAAGCGGUCAAUAUGCAUGGGUUCCAGGUUGUGCAACUGAAGGCGAUAUGAUAUUCUUUGUUCGGGGUGCAAAAGUACCUUUUAUGCUGUGGCCUGUCCAUGACCUCCUGGUAGGCUCGACACACAUGAAGCAAUAUCAACUUGUGGGUGAAGCGUGGGUGGAAAACAUCAUGGAAGGAAACACAAGCAGGGAGUCGACAGGAAAUGACGCGACUAGAGACGAAGCUAAUACUAUGACCAAUGGGAAGAGGAUUACGAUUGUGGGUCCGAUGCUGAGCACAAUAUGGCCACGUGAUACGGUCACGUGA